AUGAAGCCCACCACCCUCAUCAACUUCAUUGCUACCUUUGGCCUUCUCGGUCUAGCCUCCGCUGCCAAACUCUCCCAGGCCGAGGCUGAGUCACUUUGCGGUGACCUUGGUGUCAUGGAUACCUCAAACCUCCCCGAUGGUGUUGAUCCCAAUGCUGUCCGAACAUGCAAAGAACAUCCUGAGGGAAAAGCGGGAAAGACCCUCACUGAGGGCGAUUUCCAAGUACGCAGCCUGGAGUCGCGUAGCUGUUGGUUUAAGGACCACCUCGGAUGCAGUGCUGGUGGCCAUUGCUACAAGUCUUGCGCGCAGCCUGGCUCCGGCGAAUGGUGCUGGACAGCUCAGAAUAACGGGUUUGGAGACUGGAUUGGCUGCUCGAGCGUGAGUGAUUGCUCUCCCACCGAUCAAUGCGGUGCUGGCGGAUGCAGCGCAUGUGGUUGCAGCUGCUAG